UCUCUCGGGCUUCGCGAAAAUAAGGACUGAUAAAUUUCGAGAUAAAGUUUGGCCACUGGUUGCCGAUCGAUUGUUCGGCUCUCUUCGCUCUUCUCUCUCGUCUUCGGCGGCUGUCUCCUUUCCAUGGAGAACGGCGGGCAGGCAUCAGGAGGAAGCCCACCAAAACCAUGGGAGAAGGCUGGCUCCUCUUCUUCAGGGCCUGCGCCUUUUAAACCACCGUCUGGUGGGAAUACUAGUGAUGUAGUAGAAGCCUCUGGAACUGCUCAACCUGGAGAGAUUGUUUCAACUGCUAAUAGGAAUACAGCUGUUACUACGAACGCACUCGGGAGGACAGUGCCUACAAGACCUUGGGAACAACAGACAUAUGGGACUAGCACAUACGGAGGAUAUAAUUCAGGGAUGAACUAUAAUUCUGGAUAUGGGAGCGGAAUGUAUGGUUCAUCAUACGGAGGAUAUGGAGGAACAUACAACAGUGGGAUGUAUGGAAAUAGCAUGUUAAGAGGAGGUUAUGGUGGAGGACUCUAUGGAGGUGGUAUGUAUGGGGGGGGGAUGUACAACAGUAGUUAUGGAGGAGGUCCAAUGGGAGGCUAUGGAAUGGGCAUGGGAGGCCCUUUUGGCGAGCAAGAUCCUAAUAGUCCAUUUGGGGGUCCUCCUUCUCCACCGAAUUUUUGGAUUUCGCUGAUGAGAGUGAUGCAAGGUGUGGUGAAUUUCUUUGGUCGCGUCGCAAUGCUGAUUGACCAAAACACCCAGGCAUUCCAUAUGUUUAUGUCAGCCCUUCUUCAGCUGUUUGAUCGGUCUGGAAUGUUAUACGGCGAGCUUGCUCGAUUUGUGUUUAGAAUAUUGGGAAUCAAAACAAAACCAAAGAAAGUUCAACCCCCUGGAAUGGAGGGCCUUCCAGGACCUCACAACCCCCAUGGACCUCAAAACUUUAUCGAAGGACCCAAACCGGCUGCCCCUAGCGGUGCCUGGGAUAGUGUAUGGGGCGGCGACGCCAAGUAGUCAAUCAGGUUAUAUGAUUUUAUUUGUUCUUUACUUUUAUAGCUGAUGAUAAUCAGUUCUAAAAAGUUGCAUAACUAAAAGCAACACCAUGUUGCUGCAUUGAGGAUGAAAAAUCCACCCUGUAAAAAAUUGUGAUCCACUUGUCACAUUAGAACAAUGCUUGUAAUAUUGUUUGUUACUGGUUGUCGGCUUCAACGCAUCUUAUGUUGUUCAAUAAAAUCUGUUGUUGGAUUUUGAGUGUAAA